CACAAGGAGGGUAGUUCUGUUUCCUAUCUUUCAUUUUUGUCUUUCUUAUUUCUUACUGGAAAUUUCACUGGAUUUUAAAGAGGAGCCAAGGGAGAGAAAUGGUGCAAACGAUGAAAAUGGAAACACCGCGAUGGUGGUGGUUUGAUACUCCUCAGAAUGGAUCAAAGCGCUCUCCAUGGCUCCAAUCCACUAUUUCUGAACUGGACCAUAGGACGAAGGCGAUGCUGAAACUGAUAGAGGAAGAUGCAGAUUCCUUUGCGCAACGUGCAGAAAUGUACUACGAGAAGCGGCCCGAACUGAUUUGUCUGGUUGAAGAUCUCUACCGAGCCCACCGUUCACUUGCCGAGCGGUACGAUCAAGUUAAGACAGACCCUGGAACUCGCCUCCUAACAACGUCAGUGUCCCCAUUCUCAUCCAUGACGACAAUAAAUGUGAUGGAUAAAAGCUACGACAGUUACUCGGAGUCAUUUGGUUCGUAUGCUGCAUCUGAAGUUGACGAUCCCGAACAUGAAACAGAGGGAGAAGCUGCAAAGGGAGACGGAACCUUACUUGAUGAACAAGUAAUGGAUGAAGUUUCAAAUGAGGUAUCGGAAGAUGAAUUGACAAAGUUGAGAGAAGAAAUAGAGAGGUUGAAAGAAGAGAACGAGAUUCAGAAGGCUCAAUUGAUGCAGAAAGAUGAAGAGAAGAUGGAAGUGAUUAGACAACUCAGUUUGGCUGUCCAAGUGCUCAAGGAUGAGAAUGUGGACCUCAAGAAGUGUAUUAUUAAACAAACCACCACCAAGAAAUGGAGUCCCUUUGAAUUCAGCAGUGCUAGUUUUAUUGCUCUCUAGUUUUAGUUUGGUACAUCAAAGCAAAUAGCAUAUGUAUAUCCUAUAGGAACACAGCAGAUUGGACUAGUAAGUGUUGUAAAUUGGCCCCUUUGAACUCAACUUAGGUAAUAUAUGAAUAGUAAUUGUUUUGUUUUGUGAA